AUGGGAGCUGAUUUUUAUUAUGAUUUUAUCUAUAAAUGCAAAGAGAUUACCUUCCUGCUUCCUCCUGUGUUUGCUUUUGUACUCUACUAUUUGACAUACAUGCUGCUAUUUAAAAAAUCUCCUGCUAGACUAAGGAAAAGAAAUCUCGCAAUACAGAUGACAAUGGCUUGCAAAGUUCUUGCUGUUCUGAUUAUCUUGAUUGACUGCAUACCUAUUUUGGCAUUUGGAAAGUUUGAUAAUGAAUUUCUAAGGCUAAACGUAAUUUGUGCUUCUGCAAUUUUUACUUACUUCGCCAGUGAACAUUACUUAAUUCUAAUUUUAGGACUGGAUUAUCUUUAUCUAAGAGAGUACAUUAUGCAGUUGGCUUGUUACUCGAUUGGUUAAUGCGAGGGAGGUUCAACUUUUAAUGAGUUAAGUUUCUUGAAGUCAAUUAAACUUAAUAAUGGAUUGGUGCUGGUAAAUGGUCGCAUUUCAUAUGAAUGGAUGAAUGUCUAGUUCUGGAGGACUAUGGCUGCCAUGUUCUUACAUUUCUUCUCGCUCCUUAUAAUCUAAGCUUUAUCAUUGAGGCUUGGAUUUUUCAUGAAUGUGCCUACUGUCAUGAAAAGAGAAGAUAUCAUUGAAAGACCACCUGAUGAAAACAUUACUGCAUAUAGCUUUGUCAAACAGCCUUUUUAUCACAAAGCAAUGGCAAUAAAUCAAUACGAAAAGAAAAGAAUGGGCAGAAUAACUUCAAAGAGGUUUCUGGGGCUUUGCUGA